GCGCUGCGCCGGGCCUACUCCAUCAAGGAUAAGCUGCAGGCCAUCGAGCGCGUGAAGAAGGGCGAGCGCCAGGCCUCGGUGUGCCGCGACUUCGGCGUGCCUGGUGGCACGCUGCGCGGCUGGCUGAAGGACGAGGCCAAGCUGCGCUGGUUCCUGGACCAGCUGGGCGGUGAGGUGGGCACGCAGCGCAAGAAGAUGCGCCUGGCCAACGAGGAGGAGAUCGACCGCGCUGUCUACACCUGGUUUCUGGCGCUGCGGCAGCACGGUGUGCCGCUCUCUGGGCCCCUCAUCCAGGCGCAGGCCGAGGCCUUCGCCCGCCAGAUCUACGGCCCCGAGUGCACCUUCAAGGCCAGCCACGGCUGGUUCUGGCGCUGGCAGAAGCGCCACGGCAUCUCCAGCCAGCGCAUCUAUGGUGGCGAGCCGCUCAAGGCCGAGCCUGAGCCCGCCGGGGACCCGCCAGCACCGCCCCCGCCACCUCCGCCGCCUGGGGACGGCUACGGGGACGAGCAGAUCUACAACGCCAACGUCACCGGGCUCUACUGGAAGCUGCUGCCAGGCCGCGCCGGGCCACCCCGGCGCCCGCCCAUGCGGGACCGCGUCACGGUGCUGCUGGCCGCCAACCUCACGGGCGCCCACAAGCUGAAGCCGCUGGUGGUGGGCGGGCUGCGGGACCCACCCAGCCUGCGCCACCACAACCAGGACAAGUUCCCUGCCUGCUACCGCUACGGCCCCGAGGCCCGGCUGGGGCCGGCCCUGCUACGGGCCUGGUUCUUCGAGGACUUCGUGCCAGGCGUCAAGCGCUACCUGCGACGCAGCUGCUUGCAGCAGAAGGCCGUGCUGCUGCUUGGCUGCCCCCCGCCUGCCGCCACCACCGAGGACACACCGCAGCUGCAGACACCCGACGGCGCCAUCCGGGCCCUCUUCCUCUCCAAGGCGCCGGCGGGGAGCGGCCGCAUCCCAGCCCCGCUGGAGCAGGGCGUGGUGUUGGCCUUCAAGCAGCUCUACAAGCGGGAGCUGCUGCGGCUGGCCGUGUCCUGUGCAGCUGGCAGCGGGGGUGCGGCAGCGGGGAGCGGUCCCCUGGACUUCAUGCACUCCUUCCUGCUCAAGGACAUGCUGUACUUGGCCGGCCUGUCCUGGGACCUCAUCCCUGCGGGCUCCAUUGAGAAGUGCUGGCUGCUGGGGCUGCGCGCCGCCUUUGAGCCACGGCCUGGGGAGGACGAGCAGGGUGAGGCGCUGGGGGCGGACGGCGGGGACAGCAAGGUCUUCAGCGACCUCACGCACUUGGCGGCACUGGCCUACAAGCGCCUGGCCCCCGAGGAGGUGGCCGACUGGCUGCACCUGGACGACGCGGCCCUGGGCGUGGAGGGGGACGAUGGGGAGGAAGAUGCUGCGGACGAGGGCCCCGGGGGCUGUGGGGGGGAGGAGGAAGAGGUGGUGGCAGUGGGAGGUGAGGGCGCAGUUGAGAGCAACCAAGAAGGGGAGGGAGGGGGCCCCUUGCUGCCCACAGCCAGGGAAGCCAUCACGGGCCUGGAGACCGCCCUACGCUGGCUGGAGAGCCAGGACCCCCGGCAGGUAGGGCCCCUCAAGCUGGUGCAGCUCCGCUCCCUCAUCAGCAUGGCCCAGCGGCUGCGCCAGGGGGGCAGCCCAGACUCCUAAGGAGAGCGAGGGGCUGUGGCUGGUCAGCGACCGACUGCUUCACCUUGAGGCGGGGCUGGGGGGGGCAUUCACCCCAAGCCCUACACUGCAACGGGACCAUCACGAGGGGGGAACCCCAUGUCUUGGGGCUUAUAAGGGGUGCUUACCUCUUUCUCUUGCAGCCGCUCUUCUCUAGAGGGCUGCUGCUUACCCCAUCAUCCCCGGGAGAGGCUAUUAUCUGCUACUGAGCGGGGCAAUCCCCUAUCCCAUAGCUGCUGCAAGGCACUGGAGGGCUAAUGCAUAACCCCAACUCAUGGGAGAAGGGAGGUGCAGCGGGGACCAACCCCCAUCUCCAAUGCUCCCAUGAGGAAUGGGUGACUGGGGGGAAGGUUUCCUGGCCAUUGCUGAAGAGGCUGCCCUCCCCACGCUUGGAAUUAAUUGGCAUUCCUGAGAAGGUCUCUGGGGCCUGGAUAUCCCAGGGCAGAAGGCUCCCUGCAGCUCCCAGCUGCCUGUCCCUCCUGCCAGCAGGACUCUGAGGAUGGGGGCAUCUCACCGUGAAGGGAAGGGAAUGCACAUUGCUGCAAACCCAUCGGGAAAGACUUUGCAAACCAUGAAGCAGGGUGGAAGCAAGUGCUGGAUGAGGUCUAACUGGCCCACGCACAGCUGCAUGGAGGGGAAUUGGGGUAGCCACAGCCUUGCCACCCAGACCUCAAGCAUCGGCAGACUGCAGCUGCUGCAGUGGGGUGCCUUUGGGAGGGUGUCCUUCCUGCUGUGGAGGGCGCAGGUUAGGAAUGCCCUUCAUGUGUGGAGUAGUAUGGGGGGAUGGGGAUUUGGGGCUGGUUUCAAUCCAUUUGUCUUUUACAUGCACUGGAUCCAGACUGGUACACUCUGGGCUGGGAUACACUAAUAAGCUACAGACCACCCUGAGUGUUGGAGGAGGGUCUGACCUAC